UUGGUGUUGAACCUAUUCCUUACGCUUUUGUGGUUACCGUAGGUGCUCUGAUGCAGAUUAUUAGCAAUGGGAAGUUGAAAGGUGCUGAACAUCGAGUGGUGACAAAUUCGAAUUUAGUUCGGACAACUGCUUCCUUCGCUCUUAAUCCCUUUUAUGAAACACUUAUAGAACCAGCAAAAGCUUUGGUUGAUGCAAGCAAUCCUGCACUCUAUAAGUCCUUCUCAUACAAAGACUUUAUUAUCAAAUACAGAGCUGCUGCCUCCUACGGUACAGCAUUUGAGGAGUUUUUAAGUAGUACUCCUGAUUAGUGGUUUGAGAAAAAAAAAAAAAAACUAUUUUACUUUAUCAAUGUAUAACCAUUGAUAUCAAAGAAGUAAACAUUAGUUAGUUAAUACAGUUGUUCAAUUACACGAGCCUGAAGUUAAGUGCAGUGAAAUUGGUUUUACAUUGCACUAAUAUUAUGAUUAUUGUCAUUAUCUUUUUUAUGGAUAAAAUUUCAGUGUCGUGAACACCAAUUGAAUAUAAGAUUUUGAACACAUUGUAAUAUAUUAUGGAUUGGCGACAUAAUAGAAGCAGGUGAUGGCCAUAUAAAUUAAUUACCCUUUUCCAGUCUAGUCAUUUAUGCUAUGUUUGGUGAGGGUGAAAAAUGAGAGGUUGUGAAAUGGGAGAAGGAAAAAGGAGAGGAAAAUGUCAUUUUCCAUUAUUUGGUAGGAGUAAAA